AUGUCCGACAGCUACGACUUCAUUGUAGUGGGCGCGGGUGCUGCUGGUGCCAUCCUUGCAUGGCGUUUGGCACACACAAAGAAGUCUCCAUCGGUCCUCUUGGUCGAAGCGGGUGGGAAGAAUGACUCCAAAUCCGUCCGUAUUGAUGGAGAAAGGUGGCUUCACCGCAUGGUCCCAGAACAAAACUGGUCGUACAAGACUGUACCAGUCGACGGCUUUGACGGCAAUGUUGUCGACUACGACCGGGGCAAAGGCCUUGGAGGCAGCACCGCCAUCAACUUCUCCUGCUGGACGGUCGGUCCCAAAGAAGACCAUGACGAGAUCGCUCGUGUUGUUGGCGAUGAUGCGUGGGAGUGGGCGAAUGCUCAGGAGCGAUACAAGAGAAUCGAAGCGUACCACGGCGCUCCACCAGAUGUGCCCAACGACGUGCAAAAGUACUUGAACCCACGGCUAAAAGACCACGGCCGUACUGGUCCCAUUCAGACGGGGUUUCCGCGGACCUGGGAGCAGUCUCUCAGGGACCUCAUGGACAUCUGGAUCGAAAACGGCGCAAAGGCGAACCCCGACCACAACUCUGGCAAUCCUAUCGGCCUGUCCGUCUGUACAAGCAGCGCAUACAACGGUGUCCGAUCCACUUCUGCCGAUGCCUUGAUCGGGGCACCAAGUAACCUUCAUGUCUUGACAGAUACCGAAGUUCGUCGUUUGGUCUUUGACGGCACGCGAGCAACCGCCAUCGAAACAUUUACGGGCAGGACUAUCCACGCCACCAAGGAAAUCGUCCUGUCCUGUGGUACUCUCGAUACUCCCAGGAUCUUGAUGCACUCAGGUAUUGGUCCUCGUGACCAAUUGACCAAGUUCAACAUCCCGAUCGUGAGGGCGAAUGACCAUGUUGGUAAGCAUAUGAAGGACCACCAUCACAUCGUGCUGUCGUACGACAGGGCUGAGCAUACUUCCAAACGACGGGAGUUCUACGCCAGCAAGGAGCUGCAAGCCGCAGCGCGAGCUCAAUGGGAACAGGACGGUUCAGGACCGCUGGCAGAGUUUGCCUGUGCUUUGGGUAUCGCGUAUGAGAAGCUGGAAUCUUUAUAUGACUCACCUGAGUUUCGAGCCUUGUCGCCGGCAGAGCAAGAGCACUUGCAAAAGCCAACAAUACCUCAUUACGAGUAUCUUAUCAAUGCUGCCCAUAUUCCUCAUUUUCUCGACCCUGAGCAUGCACCCACGGGCACUUCCGUCUACGUCUUCAACCUCAACAUGAAGUCCUCUGGUUCCACGGUGCUCCAGUCGUCCGACCCGAGGGAACCCUUGUUGUUCGACGCCAACUAUUUCUCUCACCCGUACGACAAGCGCGCCGCUAUUGAGGCUACGCGUGACGUACUGCGAAUGGUCAACAGUCCUCUGUUCAGCAAGGACACUGUAGCCGUGACCCUUGCUCCCAAGAGUGAGUCGGACGAGGAUAUCCUAGAUUUCUGGAAGAAAACAUCUAGCAGCACCUGGCAUAUGAUGGGCACGGCGCGAAUGGGCAGGACCGAGGCUGAGGCUGUGGUUGAUCACGACUUCAAAGUCUUUGGUGUCCAAAAUGUCCGUAUUGCAGAUAUGAGUGUCAUUCCCAUCGCCAUCAACUGUCACACGCAGACAACGGCGUAUCUUGCAGGUCUCACGGCAGGAGACAAGCUAGUUGCCGAAUAUAGUCUCGAUGAAUGA